AUGAGUGUUGUCGGGGGUACUGAGAGGACCGUAGGCGCUGAUAGAAUCGGCGAUGCUAGGGUUUCAGGUGCGAGAGUCCCAGCAGGUGGAACCCCUGGAGGAGGCGUUGACCUGGCUCAGGUAGUACCGCCAGUGGCGGCGGAGGAGCAGCAGCCAGUGGCUGCGGAUGUAGGAGUUCAUUCUCGUUAUGUAAGUAUGCUGAGGGUGAUGAACUACAUCAGUACUGAGCGGUUUUUGGGUGGUACUGAUCCUACUGUUAUAGAUGUGUGGAGGACGAGAGUGGAACGUAACAUCCAAUCUCUUAGAUGUCAUGAGGAGUUUUGGGUGGACAUAGGGGUCCACAAUCUGAUUGGUGACGCUCAUUUGUGGUGGAGAUCAGUGGCUGCUAGGAGACUGCAGAUGGAAAUGUCUUGGGCUGACUUCGUCGAGGAGUUCAAACGCAAGUCUUUUCCUAGAGAGGCACUAGACCGUUUGGAGGUGAAGUUCCUACAAUUAUCUCAGGGGACUCGGUCAGUGCGGGAGCUGGACUUGGAGUUUAGUCGACUUCUGAUGUAUGGGGGUCGGGCGAUGGAGUCUGAGGUGGCUCAGAUCAGGAGGUUUAUGAGGGCACUUCGUGAUGACUUGCGGGUUCAUUGUAGAGGACGAAGUUAUGCUACAAGAGCGGAUUUGGUUGAGACCGCAGCUGAGAUUGAUUAG